CUUACUUUGCGCUUGCAAACAACGUUUGCAUGAUCGGCUCUCAACUGUUACAUGUCUUCAUUAAAAGUAAAGUUAUUGUUAAAGCGACAAUCACCGACACAAAAAAAUUACAUUGAACUUCGUGCACCGACACACAUGAACUAAAAACACACAAGCGCAACACCGAACAAAGCAGGGGCCCGUGUCCGGGCUCGACAAAACGGAGUGUGAAAUCCAUUCCCUUAAUACCUAUCUUUAUUUAUUUAUUUCUCGGCGAGAUAAAUGAUGUAUAAGCACUGCUCGCUCUGUGUGCCUACACAGGCGACACAUGGCUGCCGCCAACCACAGCAUCGGUGUUGCAGAAAAAAAAAAAAGCCUACCGAAAAGCUGGAGGAGGCGGGGUGCGUUGAACAGAGUUUGCGUCGGCGGCGACGUCACGGGCGGCGCGCACCGUCGGCGUGCGGGGCGCGCGCGGACGCUCGAGGCUCCGCAAUCGACCUCGCGGGCCGAACACACGCGGUUGUGCCUCCGCCACGUCCGGGCGCGCGCUCUUCUCGGCUCUCCCGCUGCUACCGCCGCUGCUGCCGCCAGCAUGGCCCACGAGUCCGCCAACCGGACGGUCGCCGGUAACGGCACUCUGGGGCCGGCGUCACCGCUGAACACCACGUCCGACGACGACGAGCUGUACCAGGUGCCCGUGGAAAUCAUCGUGCUGCUGUCCUUCUGCUACGGACUCAUCUCGCUGGUUGCAGUGGCCGGAAACUCCAUGGUGCUCUGGAUCGUGGCUACGUCGCGACGCAUGCACACUGUCACCAACUUCUUCAUCGCUAACCUGGCCGUGGCCGACAUCAUCAUCGGACUGUUUUCCAUCCCGUUCCAGUUCCAGGCCGCUCUGCUGCAGCGCUGGGUGCUGCCAGAGUUCAUGUGCGCCUUCUGCCCGUUCGUCCAGGUGCUCUCGGUCAACGUGUCCAUAUUCACACUGACCGCCAUCGCGCUGGACCGCUACCGCGCCGUGACGGCGCCGCUGCGCGCCCGCUGCUGCUCCAAGUUCAACGCCAAAGUACUCAUCGGCAUCGUGUGGGCCGUGUCGACGGCGGCCGCCCUGCCGUACGCCCUCGCACUGCGCGUCAUCCUCGUCUACGACUCCGCGUCCGGCGAGGUGUCGCGACCCUUCUGCAUCAACGUGGUCCUGCCGCCGUUCGCCUGGAAGGUGUACAACCACGUGCUUGUCGGCCUGCAGUACUUUCUGCCACUGUGCGUCAUCUGCUACACGUACGGACGCAUCGGUGGCGCGGUGCGUAACUCACGCACGCCGGGCAACGCGGAGACUGUGCGUGACACCAACAUCAUCCGCAACAAGCGAAAGGUGACCAAGAUGAUACUGGUGGUCGUGGCCAUUUUCGCCAUCUGCUGGCUGCCUUACCAGACGUACAACAUUCUCCAGGAGCUCUAUCCCGUCAUCAACCAGUAUCGCUACAUCAACGUCAUUUGGUUCUGCUCCCACUGGCUUGCCAUGAGCAAUUCCUGCUACAACCCUUUCAUUUACGCCAUUUAUAGCGAGAAGUUCAGCGCCGAGUUCCGGGCCCGGAUGCGCUGCUGCUCGUCCAGGAGCAAGCAGGAGGAGGCACGCUGCUACCGGCAGACGCCCACCUCCGUGUCGACGCGCUACUCGAUGCGGUCCUACUCCUGAGCGGAGGCCCCGCACCCCGACGAGACGCUGCGCCGGGUGCAGGCCGCAGAGGAGAGCGUGUAGCGUCGCCUCGGUGGCCGCGGCUGACGUUCGCCGAGGCUCCGUGCGCGAGCUGAAAGACCGAACGCUCGAUUUGUCGAGCGGUGAAUUUGUGUGGUUUGAGCGCCAUUGUAUGCCCGCGGUGCCCCUUAUGGGCUUGUGAUCAGAGGUCGUACUGUUACGCGCGACGAGCGUAUACAUAUGACGCUUGGUCGAAGGUGGUUGGUGAAACCGACCACACUAUCGAAGCGCAGUGAACGUUACAGUGCGAUUGUUGUAAGAGAACACGUGCUGCGGCUGGUUUAGGGGUUAGUCCGUUCUAAUACGCAUGCGCUUUGAGGCGAGUCUCGAUCGCAACGUAUAUAGCGCUGAAAAUGUACUGAACAAGUCGUUCGGCCGAUUGCGGGACGGUCGCUGAGAGUGAGAAACAGAGUAAAGCCCCAGUUACAGCCAAGCACGUCCUAUACGCAUCGAGCGGUAUAUAUACAUAUAUAUAUAUAUACAGGUUUUUGCUUGAGCUGCACCAACUAUUUCUUUAAAAAUGCCUGUGGCAGAUACCACAAUUCUUAGCGUUGAUCUAAACUACUCGAUGAGGGGGCUAUUACUUCUGCUAGAACUAGAAAUUAAAAUGUUUACUUCAAUAAUUGACAUAGAGACGCUAAUUAGCUUCUUAAUUAAUCGUUUUACGGCACAUUUUAACUCA